AACACUGUUGAACACAGUGUAACUUCUCCACAGUACGGGCAACCCAAGUAUGGGGAAAACGAGUUCUUUUCCAAGGUUGGUCUGGACUUUACAUCAUGAACAACUAUGUUUAUGGUGACUCAAAAAUUGAUUUCUUUGCUAAGGGCUCACGUGCAUGGAUUCGCUACGUGGCCGUGGCCACAGAUGAAGGAAAGAGACAAUUAGGAAGGAGAGACAUUAUGAUUUGCUUCAGAGGAUCAGUGACAAUCGGAGAGUGGGUAAAAGAUUUCCAGUUUGGUCAAAGCUCAGCCGCACCAAUCUUAGGCCAGCACACUGGAAAUGCUCGUGUACAUGAGGGUUUUUUCUCCAUCUACAUGUCAGCUAGAAACCAGGUUCUUAACGCAGUUAAGAAAUUGGUCAACCAAUAUGAACACGAGGAAAUCAGUAUAACGGUAACAGGCCACUGUCUGGGAGGCUCAUUUGCUAUAUUGAAAGCAGCUGACAUAGUUGCCAACGGAUAUAACAAUAAGUCUGAUUGUUCUUGCAUGCCCAAAGCAAUGGUCACAGUUUUUGCCUUUGCAAGCCCCCAGGUUGGAAACUCAGACUUCGUCAAAGUGUUCGAUAAAUUCAACAACCUUCAUCUCCUGCACACUAGGCAUUAUCUUGACAUUGUUCCUGAACUUCCACCGACUACUAAUUAUUCUAAAAUGGGAACUCUGUUACGCAUCACCUAUACCAAUUUUACAAUAUGGGAUUUUCCAGGCCCCAUUAUCUUCACCGUCAAGGAAAUUCUAACCAGGUUUCACCAUUUGAAGAAUUUACUCGUGGCAAUUGAAAAGCAACAAGAAAAGAAAGGCCUCCUUUUUGCAGCUGCCCCAACGGUAGCAGUUUUCGGUGCUCCACAGUUUGUAGGUCAGCAAGGGGCAAAUUUUGUCGCAGCACCUCAGGGUGCUCCGCAGUUUGCAGAUCUUCCUGGUGCGAAAUUUGCCAAUGACGAUACUGUCAUUCUUGAUGACGAGAUUGAUGAGUCAAAUGUGGUGAUGGAAAAACUUGCAAAUGGCAAUUACAAGCUGUAUCUGCGAAUUCCUCAACUUCAGACUACUUAAUAAUCCUGGGAAAAUAUUAAUUAUAUGUAUUACUAAAUAAAGUUUGUGCUUCCAGUUUGCACAAGCACAAAUAAUAUUAUUGAGAAUAAAGUUCCUCCGAAUAUGGAGGGGUCA